AUGUCGCAACAAUUGAUAAAUGAACAAAGCAAAUAUAUCUUGGACUUAUUUUCUGAACAGACUAUUGACUCACAAACUUUAGAUUCGCUUUCAGCACAAGUGCAGAAAAGGUUUCCUAAAUCUGAACAUUUCAACUUAUGCCUUCUCCUCUCCUCCCUUAUUACUGGUGGAGAUUUGUCACUACCUGGGCAACGUGUGGUGGCCUUGGCCAUUCUCUUUGAUACAUACAAACAGGACAAUCCAUUCAGUUCGUUGUUCCUGCACCUUUUAGAAGGCAAGCCAGGACUACUGCCUUUAGCACCGCAAGAAAGACUUUUCAUUGGACAACUUUAUGGUUUUAUACCAGUAAAUAUUAAAGAUAUAUUGAAAAAGUCAGCAAAGCAAGUAAUGUUAACAGAAGUGUCAUCAAAGGACCUGGAAUUCGAUUACUCCUCACUUCAAACCUUGGUGGCUGAGAGAUCCUCAGAAAUUAGCUCUGUAGCGAAAGCAACUGCGCCUGCACUUAUUCCAUUAGGUGAUGGGAGUCCACCUAAUCGCAUGGCGAUGAAAGAGUUGUUAGAGGCGCUCAUGUCGAAUGAAUAUAUGCCGCUGCACUGCACGUUGAAGGCAGCGGGGCCCAUUCCGCCACCGACUUUCCUACUAGACCCCACUGAAAUAUCUUUCGCUGAUGAGGGCGUUUGGAAAAACCUCGUGAACCGCGGUGCGUACGUGCCUCUAUACGACACAGAAUACGAAGGGCUGCUCGGCUUGAAGCCCCCUGAAAAGGUUCCAGAACAACGCGCCAGUCAGCAGCACAAGCCCAAGGAGGAGAAGAAAGAGGAACUAGAGGAGAAAAAGCUAGAUGAGAAGGACGCGGCCAGCUUAAUCGUAGAGGCGAAGGAGCUGACUCAAUUAGCUCUCAAAGGUGCCCUAAGUGUUCAACAUCAGCAGAGGCUCCUGGCAUUACUCGAUCAGGAGCCAAAUAUUGUUUAUGAAAUUGGUGUUACACCUAUCAGGUUGGGCACAGCCUAUCUCGGCCACGGCAGUAGGAAUGAUUCAACUAUCUGUCUACCGCAGCUCCCAGACCUCGUGGAGAACAACCCCAUGGUGGCGAUAUCGGUACUGCUUAAGCUGAUCCACUCGCAGCACAUCACAGAGUACUUCAGCGUACUGGUCAACAUGGAAAUGUCCUUGCACUCCAUGGAAGUUGUUAACAGGCUGACCACAUCCGUGGACCUGCCCGUGGAAUUCGUACACCUUUACAUCAGUAACUGCAUCUCAACUUGCGAGACGAUUCGCGACCGCUACAUGCAGAACCGGCUGGUCAGGCUCGUCUGCGUGUUCCUGCAGUCGCUCAUCAGGAACAAGAUCAUCAAUGUAAAGGAACUGUUUAUCGAAGUAGAAGCAUUUUGCGUAGAAUUCAGCAGAAUCAGAGAGGCGGCAGCGCUGUUCCGACUCCUCAAGCAACUGGACUCCGGCGACGGUAUCGGACAUAAAGAGGCAAAGGAAAACUAA